AUGCUCGCCCGGUCGGUGUUCCUGCUCCUCGCUUUCUCACUAAUCAACGCACCGGCGAGAGGGGCGGCGGUGCGGCCGCCCUUUGACCCUGAAGGCGUCAAGCAGCGGAUAUUUCAUUCGGCCGGACAGAUUGACGAGUUCGUCGUCUCCAGGGACCAGCAAACGGUGAGGAGGGGGUCUUCUUUUUUCUCUUUUCCAUUUUCACUCAACUUACAAAUCGGAAAGAAAAAGGAAAGAAAAGGGAAAAUGAAGAUGUUUCAGAUCUACGUGGCUUCUGUGAAUCGCAUCCAAUCAUUAUCAGCUUCCAACUUAUCCGACAUAUCAGAAGUUUCCAUUGGCCCUGUGUCAGAUUCCCCGUGGUGUUCCGCCGACGGAAAGUCUUGCUUGAAGUCUGUGCAUCCUGCUCCCUUCAUUCAUGUUCUUUUUGGUUUACAGAGACAACCGUCCGUUCCCAACAGAUGUCCGCACCAAGAUCCUCCACAUCCUUCCUUCCUCUCAACUCCUUCAUUGUGGCUCCGUCAAGCUCGGCUCAUGCUCCACAUUCAACUCCAAACUGUCCUUGCUGACAGAGUCGAGUGUUCCGGUGGCUGCGAACUCUCUCGACGCCUCCACAGUCUCCUUGAUUCUUGAUAAUCGGCUGAUUGUGGCAGCAAGUCCGACGAAGGAGUCUCCGUAUCGUGACCCGUUUCCAGCAGUCGCCAUGAGAACUCUUCCUGGUCUGGUCGUCGAGAACGCAGGUAUCCCUAGAAUGACACCCCUAAUUAUUCUUUCCGUGAUUUCAGGUGAUUUGGAAGGAGAAGCAGCGGUUUUCCUCCGUGCCGCCUACCGUUCCGCCUUCCGAUUCGUGCACACCUUCGUCCACGAACACUUUGUAUUCGUGGUUGCGACGGUGACUCCGAGGGAAACGAGAAAUCCGACGACGACGAGGCUGAUAAGAUUCUGUCGGAAUGAUACGAAGUGAGUGAUGCAUGAAAUGCACGGGAGGGGAUUCCAAAGCGGAUUAAAUGUGGUUGAGGAUAGAAAAGUCCUUGGAGAUAUGUGAAGUGUACAGUUGGAGGGACUGAAAGAAGAUCUGUUGAUGUCAUUUUCAGGUUUGUCUCGUAUUCUGAAAUUGAAAUGCAAUGUCGCGGAGAAGACAAUACGAACUACCCGUUCCUUUCGGCCGUCGUUCAAACCGGAGACAAGCUCAUCGCCACCUUUUCCACGUCAUCCAACUCUCGCAAAAGUUCCAUUUGCGUCUUUUCGAUGCAAAAAGUCAAACUGACCUUCUGGUACAACGUGGACAGAUGCAGAAGCGGCACGGAUUCGAUCAAACUUCCGCAUAUUGGCAGAGAUGCAAAAUGUCUGAAUGUGAGCUCGUCGGCUAAUGUAGUACCCCUCAAUACGGUCAUUUUCAGAAAGCGCACAUUCCCCUGGACGAAGACAGUUGUGAACUAGGAGUCGGGGGCUCGAUUGAGCUCGUCGAGAUGUCCACGAAAGACGUGUACGCUAAUGUGACUUCCCUUAUGGCCGUGGAUCAAAAAGCCAUUUUCGCGGGCACCUCGUCUUCUCAAAUCAUAAUGGUAAGUGUUUCCCAUCAAUUCAUCACUUAUGACACCGAAAAAUGACAAAAUAAUCCGAAAGGCAAAGUGAAACAAAUGUCAAUCCUCUCUCUUCCCGUUUAUGAGAAAUGUCAAUCAAAUGUGAAUCAAAAGGGAUUUAAUGUGUUUUGUUUCCCUUUUUAAAUGACGCUUUUUCUCGUAAAGUCGAUGCUUUUUGCAGUUGAAAUGGGAAGAUCAGACACAGAACAGACUGGAGGAGUACGGUAGAAAGGACGUCGGAGACGGAAGGACGGGCAGCGAAGUGAUGAAGAUGACGAGGCACGGAGACUCUGUCAUUGUGCAGAUGCCUUAUGGAGUGAGAGAGUGACUUUUCGGGCUACGGUACUGAAUCUCUUCUGUUUCAGAUUGUUCUGGAAGAACUGUCCACCUGUUCGCAUCACGAUUCCUGUACGGAAUGCCUCGUUUCCGUGGACCCUCUCUGCCAAUGGUGCCAUCCGACCCAAUCAUGCACGACCGUUUCCCGGUGCGCUGUUCCAAUGGUAACUGUUCCCCUAAAUCAGUCUUCCGACUCUUUUCUAUUGUAGAGUUCCCAGUGCCCGAUCGUCGACGAUGAGCCCGUCCCCUCGAUGGUCUCCAUCAACUCUUCCGUUCCGAUUUCCUUCAACAUCCAACAUCUUCCUCCUCCCAACGGAUUCACCUACAAGUGUCAGUUUGGCUCUUCCAAACUGACCACAACCAAAGCCAACUGGACAUCCACCGGAGUCACUUGCCCUUCUGCUCUUAUGAGCUUCGCGAGCACCUUCCACAUUUCCCUAAUGACUUCCAUCGCCCACAAUCCUAUCAGCACUCACAAUUUCACUGUUUAUGACUGCUCGGGUUACGGUACAUGCUCCAAGUGCAUGAGCUCCGAGUGGGGCUGUGAAUGGUGCUCCACCAGUCAUAAAUGCUCUCCGAAGGACAGCUGUGAAGCUGAAAGAGCAAGUGCUUGCGUUCGAUUGCAACCAAUGAGAGUGCCGAUCGCCAUUGGUUCUCAACAAGAAAUUGUGUUGGAAGCUAAGAAUUUGGACACGUUGGAUAGGAAAACGGAGCACUUUUGUAAAGUGAUUUUCGAAGGGAAAGAACAAGUUUCGCCUGCCAAAAUAGCCAGUGAUUCCAUCCGGUGCGGGAAGAUUCAACUUGCUCCGGACAGCUCGAUUACUUCCGCCAAUCUGGUUGUUCCGUUGAGUUUGACUACGAGGGACGCUAUCAUUGACAUUGCCAACGGUAUCCGACAAAUUCCUUCCCCAUCGUCAUCUCCUCAUUUUCAGUUUCUCUCUACUCCUGCUCCAAUCUCGCUUCCGAUUGCUCCAGCUGUCUCGCCCUUUCUCCUUCCCUCUCCUGUGGCUGGUGCAAUCGGAAGUGUUCCCACGAAUGUCAUCAAUCCAAGGCGACUGCAGUGUGUGACCCUCCGCGAAUUGAUAGAGUAAGUGGCCUUCUGCAUACUUUCAAUGAGCUCUUCUUUCAGUUCGAGCCCUCAAGUGGACCCGUCGAGGGAGGAACUCUCAUCAAAAUCUUCGGAAACGACUUGGGAAUGUCCGUGGAAGACGUGCGGGGAAAGAUCUACGUGGCUGGUUCCAGAUGCAAUGUGGUCGACUAUCAAGUGUCCAACAUGAUUGCAUGUCAAGUCGACAAAGGAUCCAGUUCCGGCCCGAUACGGAUAUCGGUUGGCAGGGUGACAAUGGCAGUCGCAGAGUCUUCCGGGCUCUUCUCGUUUGUUCGCAUCUCAAUUUUCUCCGCCUACCCUCUCUAUGGACCGAUCUCUGGAGGCACAAAGAUCACAUUGUACGGACAGAAUCUGUUAAGUGGAACUAAGAUCUCAGUGACUGUCGGAGGGCUUCCGUGUCCGAUUGAUCACCACAACUCUUCAUCCGUUCUCUCGUGCACAACACCGUCGGGAACAGCAAUCGGAAAAACUGCGAAAGUGGUGGUGUACGUGGAUCACGCACAGAUCCAGCUCGAUCAGCCUUUCGAGUACCGCUCGGAUCCCUCGAUCAGCUCAAUCCAUCCUCUUGCUUCUUUUAAGGCGGGAGGGAAAGUAGUUUCGGUCACUGGACACUCUCUGAACACUGUCCAAUCGGCCCGGAUGUUCCUGAUCUCCUCUCCCACCCCUCCGUUCGAUAUCAUUUCCGAUCUGGCUCCUUGCCACAUAAUCAACUCUACUCUCAUGACAUGCUUGACACCGAAAAUUCUGGAGACGAUCACGCGAAGAGUGGAGUACACCCGAUCGCCUGUCGGAUUCCUGAUGGACAACGUGACUGCAGUCGCCAAUUUAGGACGACGGAUUCAGAUGUCUGUGUACCCGAAUCCGAUGCUGUCCCCGUUCAAAGGAAUACGAUACCAUCAAGGAGAACACUCGCUCAUUCUAGAAGGACACAAUCUGAAUCUGGCCGCCGAACCGAACGACUUCAAGAUCUUUGUGGGAAAUGAACGAUGCUAUGUGACGCUGGUGGACGUGAAGCAGCUCGUGUGCUCCGGACCCCCCAAACAACCAAAGCCGACGGAUGAAAGGGGAAUUCCGAUAAAUGGAUUCAAUCCGCUCGUCACUGCAAUUGUGGGAUCUCUCAGAAUGGAAUUGGGUCUCAUUGAGUACUCCGAUCAAAACCUUCCAUCCCGGCUCUCCCUUCUUAUCCUCGGACUUCUUGUCUUCAUAAUCAUCGCUCUGAUUGUCCUGUGUCUGAUCUUCAAGCGACGACGUCUGGAAAGGGAGAAGGAGUAUCGGAAGAUUCAACUGCAGAUGGAGAACCUGGAAAACAACGUGAGAAAGGAGUGCAAGCAAGCGUUCGCCGAGCUUCAAACCAACCUUGUGCUGUCUCCCAAGUCCACAAACUCAUCGGUGACUCCGGAGUUCAUGACGUUCCCGCACUUUGUAGAAAACCUCUUGUGGGCGGACAACAAUCUCACUUCUGCUCCCAGUUUGGCAAGGACUCUUCCGGUGACGUUGGCUCAAUUCCACGCCCUUCUCAGCUUCAAAACCUUCAUUUUCACCGUCGUGGAAGCAGCCGAAUCGGACGUCUCGAUCUCGACGUCCGAACGGUCGAUGCUGGCGUCCCUUCUCAUUUCCGUGCUCCUCCGAACUUCUCCUAUUGCACCGAAAUUGUCGUGGAUCUUCUGA